CUUCCUUCCUUUCUCGGUGUUACUUUCCCUCCUGAUCUCCAGUUGUGAUCCUUUCCCAUCUGGGUGCCCACCCUAAGCCCAACCCCCCUCUCCAGGGCCUGGCAGCUUCAGAAACUGGGGGAAGAGAAAGGAGGCAAAGAAGAAGCCGAGUCUGAGUGGGUUUCAACGAAGGAGGAGGGUUUCCUUUCCUGAGAGUUCCGGCCUCUCCCCUUGUUCACUCUGAUAUAGCCAAUCUCACUCCCGACCAGCAAAAUGCUGCUGCUCUUUGGGUGGUCCCUUCCUAGAUCCAGACCUUUGCAGGCAGACAGAACAACAGAGGACUAGAAGGCAGGUCUCUCUGAGCCAUGACCCCUUUACCUGGGCCUUUCCUAUGUGGUGCUCUGCUGGGCUUCGUUGCCAUCAGUGUCCCUGGGCUGGCCUUGGAGGUGAAGGUGCCUGCUGAGCCACUGAGCAUGCCCGUGGGCACGACUGCUGAGUUGACUUGCAGCUACAGCACUUCUGUGGGGGACAACUUUGCCUUGGAGUGGAGCAUUGUGCUGCCUGGAACACCCAUCUCUAUUUCUCAUCCUAUCCUGUACUUCACCGAUGGUCAUCUAUAUCCGGUUGGUUCUAAGGCAAAGUGGGCCAGCCUGCUUCAGAACCCCCCACCCACCCCCACACACAGUGUGGGGCCACCCUGAAAUUGAGGGGCCACCCUGAAAUUGAGUGAGGCCCACCCCUCAGACACUGAAACCUACCUCUGCCAAGUUAACAACCCACCAGAUUUCUACACCAAUGGGUUGGGGCUAAUUAACUUUACUGUGCUGAUGCCCCCCAGUAGCCCCUCCUGCACUCUGAGUGGCCAAACCUCUGUGGGAGGCUCUGUUGCACUACACUGCAGCUCUUCCAAGGGAGCACCCAAGCCUGUGUACAACUGGUUGCAUCUUGGAUCUUCUCCUACACAUUCUCCUCAGAGCAUGAUGCAAGAUGAAGUGGCUGGCCGACUCAUUCUCACCAAUCCUUCUCUGACGUCUUCUGGCACCUAUGGCUGUGUGGCCACCGACCAGCUGGGCAGUGCAUUCUGUGAACUGACUCUCUCUGUGACUGACAUCUCCAGAGACCGAGUAGCUGGGGCUCUGAUUGGGGUGCUCCUGAGUGUGUCAUUCCUGUCAGUUGCUGUGUUUUGUCUGACCAGGUCCUGGAAGGAAAGGAAGGCGAGACCCAAGGAAUCGUACGGGUUACUUCUGUCCUUCAGGGAGGAUGCCAUUGCUCCUUGGGUUUCUGAGCAGACUUCUUCCAAGGAAGAUGCUAGCAGUGGGUUCCAGGAGAGCUCCCCAUCUGCCAGCAGCACUGUGUUAACCACCAGGCCCAAGCUCUCUAUGGUAGUGUGAAUUCCCUUCCCUCCUAAUCCCUGGAGGAGGGAAGAGAUUAGGUGGGAUGUUAAUAAAAGCCUUUGUGUACCUUGGUCUCCCUCUU